AUGAGUAAGAAAUCGGUGAAGCUAGUUAGUGCUGAGGGCUUUGAGUUUAUUAUUGACCACAAAGCUGCCUGUGUAUCGAACACUAUAAAGCAGAUGCUCUCCAGUGAAGGUAACUUCACUGAGACGGAGCUUGGCGAGAUCAGCUUUCCUGAGAUAUCUUCGCCAAUUCUUGAAAAGAUCUGCGAAUACUUUUACUAUAAGCUGCGUUACCAAAAUGAGUCAAGCAAUUCCAUCCCAGAGUUUCAGCUGCCGCCAGAGAUAGCAUUGGAGUUGCUGAAAGCAGCCAACUACCUUGACACAUAG